CUUGCUUUCCCUAAGUGAUGAUUGGAUCCCUGUCCAUUAUUUUUAUCUUUUUCCAUUAUAUUUUCCUUUUACGUCUUGCUAAUAAAAUUUAUUUUGUCAAAUUUCAGAUCCAGAAAUACGAUUGCACCAUUUGUGAUAAAGAGUUCUCACUCCCCAGCCAUUGUGAGAGGCAUAUAACGACCGUCCACUCCGGAUUCGGUCAUAAGUGCACCUCCUGUGGCAACACAUUUUCUAGAACGGAUCAAAAGCAUGGUUGUCCAGUGUCUUCAUUCCAACUAAUCAAAAAGGCAACUGGUACGUUCACUGGCGACGAGGCGAUUGAAUUCCAGACCUUCCAGAGGAACAGGUCGAAGUUCUGCAAUCCAGUUCAACGACCAGUCUGUUCUCAAUUAGGCAACACCAACCUCGCUAGAUCCAAGAGGACAGCCCAAUGCUUGGAGCCUCUUCCAAAGAAGAAGCGAUGCUAUGGACUCCCCCCAUCUGCUGGACCCUCACGUACCAUCAUUCCUCUGAUGAGUUUGAAGAUCCCAGUUCCGAAGUCUUCUGGCGACUCUCUGACACCAAAGGAUCCAGUUUCUGCCUCCAGUACCGUUAGUCCCGACACUUCCACUUCUGCAGCUUUAUCUGUGAAGCCAGCUUCUUCAAAAGCCUUGGAGAUCCCCCUGCCUGACCUUAAUAAAGACUUGGCUUUAUCAGAAUCGGACAAGAAUUCCAUUUAUUCCAAGACAACUCUUGUCUCCAAACGCUCCAAUCCUGAUCAGUUGUCCAUUCAUACAGACGGUGUUAUUGAUCCAGAACCCGAACAGGAGUAUGCUGUUCCGGACCUACCUUCUUCCACUCCGUACAUACCUACCAAUAAGCUGUCCCUAAAGGUCAAAGAUAUCAUUGCAAAGCAGGACGAGGUGGUAAAUCUGAACAUUGGAGGGACCAUGUUCACCACCACCAGAUCCACACUGCGGGAGGAUCCUUCCUCGUUGCUCGCAACUUUGUCCUCUAAACUGCCAUCAACACCUUUCUUCAUCGACCGGAAUCCAAAACAUUUCCCUUUCAUAUUAGACUUCCUGAGGAACAGCUGCUGUGUAUCAUCCAUCUCUAUUCCAACUUCUGUUACUGCUCUGAAGGAACUUUCUCAAGAAUGUGCGUUUUACGAGAUUGACGUUCUCUGUAGAUUAAUUGAGUCCAUGCUCAAGUUGUUUUCACAUCAGUGAUGUUGUGCUGGAUUUGUGAUGCAUCUGAUGUG